GCGGCCAUGGCGGGGCCCUGGGGCCGGGUGGGAGGAACGCCUCGUUAAACUCUGUUUGCGGGGGGUUGUCUGCUUGCUGUGGGUUAAAGAUGGGUUUUUAAACUUCCCUUCGCUGGUUAAAGCUGCCUUUGGCGCUUAAAUUUCCCUUCGGGACAACAAUCGGGCUGUGGCCGGAGCAGCAGAGCUCCGCCCGCCGGGGGCUGUGGGCAGGCGGGAGCGGCCGCAGCUCCCGGGGAACCGGCGGCAGGAGGAGAGGACACAGCCCAGUUGUGUAGUACCCGAAGAUGGAAUUCCUUAUUGAGCACACCUGGGAUGGUUUGCCUGUGAGCCACGAGCCGGUUUCAAUAGGGCUGAGGCCGGAUAAUGCAGGAUUGCUGAUGGAAAUUCGGGCUCCUUUCUUUAAUGACCCUCCAGCACCUCCCGGAGAGCCAGGGAAACCUUUUGGUGGGCUCUGGGACUAUGAGGUUGUAGAAGCAUUCUUUCUGAGUGACAGAAGUGAGCAGUAUUUGGAAGUUGAGCUUUGUCCCCAUGGGCAGUACUUGCUGCUGCUGCUUUCUGGCAGAAGAAAAGCAUGGAAAGAACAACUUCCUUUGGAGUUUGAGGUGACCAGAAUGGAAACCAGAUGGGAGGGUAAAGCUCUUCUCCCUUGGAGUUAUUUCCCACCAUGCGCUGACAAGUUCAAUGCAUUUGCAAUUCAUGGCUCGGGAGAAGAGAGAAAAUAUGAAGCACUUUAUCCUGUGCCUCCACACCAAGUGCAGGAAGGACAGGAACCAGAUUUUCAUCGUUUGGAGUUUUUCAAAGACUUGAACAUGAAAGCACUAACAGGAGAAGACUGGAAGCAGCCUGAAUCAGAUAUAUGGAAAUCUCUCACUAAAGGAAUGGAUUGAGGCAUGAAUUUUUGGAGUGUUGAAGUUGGCUGGAGCUGUGUGGAAACAACUUCCUCAUUCUGAGCAGAGGUUGUAGGUACCAGAUUAGCAAGGCUUUCCUUGGCACCAAAAUCAUGGAUCAGUCUGAAAAUCAGCUGCAAAGCUUGUGGAUCUGUUGAUUCUAAAUGUAUGAACGGCUUGGACUUUUUAAUCUGUGCAAGAGAUGAAUCUGCUGCUACCAGUGCAGGAAGAAAAAUGUGCUGAAAUUGCAGCCGUGCUUUUGUGAGAGCU